AUGGAGAAUGGCAUUAACACCCUGAUGUCUGAGAAGAGCAAUGAUGUGCUAAACUUACCUUCCCCACAACCAUCCUCUCAUUAUGUACCUGUCAAGCUGGAAGAGUACGAAACCUCAGGCCUCAGUAUCAAGAAGCUCCUCAAGAAAGCCAAAGAGAGUUGGAGGUGUGACCAACAAAGUAUCAUCAGCUUCUUUGUCAAGCUGUUUCCUGUAGUAGAGUGGCUUCCUCGUUACAAUGUCAAGGAGCAACUGCUUGGGGACAUCAUCUCUGGCUUAUUGGUUGGAAUAGUUGCCAUCCCACAGUCAAUCUCCUACGCCAUCCUAGCAAGCCAGGAUCCUAUUUACGGGCUGUACACCAAUUUCUUCUGUGCUGUCAUUUACUUCGCGUUGGCUACCUCACACCAUAAUUGUGUUGGGUCCUUCGGAGUCCUCUGCCUCAUGAUUGGGGAAUCAGUAAACCGGCAGCUGAAGUUGGCUGGAUACGAGUCAGACACGGGGAUUGACUUGUUGGCAAAUGCCACAUUAAAUGGGACCGUGACUUGUGACAAAGGAUGUUAUGCCAUCACUGUGGCAACCGCUCUCACGUUUUUGGUUGGGCUUUACCAGAUACUUCUGGCGGUCUUGCAGCUGGGUUUUCUAUCCAUAUAUCUUUCAGAGCCUCUACUGAGUGGCUUUGUGACUGGAUCCUCCCUUACCAUCCUCACUUCCCAAAUGAAUCUUUUACUGGGACUGAAAAUCCCUCGCCAUGAUGGAGUUGGCUCUCUUAUCUUAACGUGGGUGGACAUCUUCAGAUACAUUGGCAAGACCAACAUCUGUGACCUAGUUACCAGCCUGGUUUCUUUGGUCCUCAUCGUGCCAGUAAAGGAGAUCAACAACUACUAUAAGGACAAAAUGAAGGCUCCAUUUCCCGUGGAACUCCUGGUGGUCAUUGCAGCUACUCUGGUGUCCCAUUUCUGUAACUUCAAUGCCAGAUACAAAUCUAAAAUCUGCGGCAACAUCCCCACUGGCUUCAUGCAACCUACUGUUCCGGAUCUAAACCUUUUGUCAAGUCUGGCACUUGAUGCUUUACCCAUUGCCAUAAUUGGUUUUGCAAUGACUGUCUCACUGGCAGAAAUAUUUGGCAAGAAGCAUGGCUACCCUGUCCGGGCCAACCAAGAGAUGAUUGCCAUUGGCAUGGGGAAUCUGAUUCCAUCUUUCUUCUACUGCUUCGCUAGCUGUGCAGCCUUGACAAAGACCUUGCUGAAGGAAUCCACGGGAUGUCAUACCCAGAUAUCAAGCUUGAUAUCUUCAUUUGUGUUGCUCCUGGUGCUGUUGUGGAUUGCCCCACUCUUCUAUUCACUGCAAACCUGUAUCUUGGGGGUGGUUACCAUUGUUAACCUCAGGGGGGCCUUGCGGAAAUUUGCUGACACUCCCAAGAUGUGGCGGAUCAGCAAGAUAGACACUGUGGUCUGGUGGGUCACCAUGCUCUCCUCAUCGCUCAUCACUACAGAGCUGGGCCUUCUGAUAGGGGUCUGCUUUGCUCUCCUGUGCAUCAUCUUCCGUACCCAGAGACCCCGAGCCACCCUUCUAGGAAAGGUGAAUGACUCAGAAAUCUAUGAGGACCAGUUCACUUACAAGAAGAUCAGCAGUAUUGAGAACAUUAAGAUCUUCCGCUUUGAUACCUCCCUUUACUAUGCAAACAAGGACUAUUUCAAAAGCUCACUCUUCAAGAAAACAGGAGUAAAUCCUUCACUGGUUGCUGCUUUACAGCAAAAAGCUGAAGCAAAAGCAAAAGCGGUCACCAAGAAAGGAGCCACCAAGGCUUCAGCAGAUGUUCCCCUUCCUACCCUAGACAUGCACAGCUUGAUCAUUGACUGUGGUGCCAUGCAGUUUCUGGACAGUGUGGGCCUUAGUGUGCUGAAGGAGACCCGCCAGGACUAUAAGAAGAUCGGCAUCCAGGUCCUGUUGGCCAAUUGCAACCCAUCAAUCCGGCACCUACUCCAGGCAGGUGGCUGGCUCACUGGGAUGGAAGAUUCAGAGCUGCUGUCUUUCCACAGUAUACAUGCUGCAGUGCAAUUUGCUGAGAAAUGGCCCCAAGCUCAGCAGAUGGAGAACGAAGUGACAAGGGAUGCUUUUCUCAGUGCAGAAGCCCAGGAUAUCUCAACAGGGGCAAGCCUGGAGAGGCCACUGUAG